CUCUUCUUAAAGCUAUUUUAUUACUAUUAUAUGUCAUCGUGUAUUCAUCAUCUAUUAAAAGCAGAUUAAUGGCUUCUUUCAUCUUCGGCGAGUUAUUUAGAAACGAAUGUACUUUACCCUAGUCUAAAACUUUCACAAGAAGAGAGAUUUGGUAAUAUAAAAUAUAAAGGCACCUUAUAUUAAAAUUUAACUACAAAACCCCAUAAAUCAACCGCAUCAAAAUUAAGAUUGUCCCACAAAGGGAUUCUAUUGAGGCUAUGCAAAGUGAGUUGGCUAGAAUGAAAGAAGAUAAUGAAUACCUCUCCACCCUCCAAUCCAAGAACGAAUCUCUCAAUUCCCAGCUACAAGACCCUGAAUCCCAGCUUUCAGAAUACAAAACCAACGACUAUUCUGUUUCCAGAAUAGUCGAACUUAACAGAAAAGCUAAAGAAGCAGAGAAACAGAAAGAUGUUGUUAAAUACGAACUGAAGCAAGCUAAGCAAAAUAUAGUAAAGCUUAAACAAGAAAUUGAACUAAUGGGCGAUUUGAAGGAAGAGAGCCAGACCAUGAAGGAUCAGCAAGAGGAGUUUGAGAAGAAAAUGAAAGAGAUUGAGAAAGAGAAUACAAAGUUGGAGGAUCAGGUUAGACUACUCGAGAAUAAACAAGACGUGGAGGUGAUUGGAGUAGCUGAAGAAUACACACUAAAUUCAGCUAAGGAUAACUUCGAACAAACUAUUAAUGAUCUAUCCGUAAAACUUAAAGAAUGUGAGCAAAGAUCAAAUGAUCUUGAGAACAAACUAAAGCCGUUUGAGGAUAAAGAAAUAACUGUUGAUAAAUUUACUGAGCAAUCUGAUCAAAUUAUUGCUUUACAAAAUGAUUUUUACCUGAAUAAAACAAAAAUUGAUGAAAUGGAAGUCGAACUCAGCUCAUCACAGCAGACCAACAAUAAAUUGAAAGAGGAGAACAGAGUUCUCCUAGAGAAUUUAGAGGCUUUUAAAAAUGAAAAAGCUCCAGAAGAAGAUACUGAUAUCGGGAAUCAAGGAGAAGCAAAGGAAGAUGAGGCAGAAAAUUUUUCUGAGCACAUUGCUUCAGAAAAUCAUGAUGGUUCUGUACCAGAAGGUCCUAAAUUGGCGAUUGAGGUACACAGUUUAUCUAGCAAACCUGUAAAUUUGAAAAAUUUGGCAUCUAAUAAAGACCAAAGAACUGACGAAGAAUUGAAGCAAAAUAUCGAGAUUGAAGAAAUUACCGAGGAUUACUUUGAAGAACUAAAGAAAUUUGAAGAGAAAGAGAAAGGAUUUCAAGAAAUAAUUCAAAAAUUGACAGAGGAGUUAGAUGAAGAGAAAGCUAUAAAGGAGAAACAAUUAGAAGAACAGCAUUUGAACGAGCGAAAUAUUAAUGGAUUGAAUCAGAAAAUAGAAGAAAUGAAAACAGAAAUAAUAGAGAAAACGAAAAACAUUGGAGAGCAGCUAAAUAUAAUUAAGAAACUAAACGAUGAUAUCAAAGAACUAAAUCAGGAAAAACAAACAAUUCAAAAAGAUCUUGAAGAUCAGAAAACUAUAAAUACAAACACCUUGAAUGAAUCAAAGAAGGAAAAAGAUAAAUCCCAAAAGGAAAUUGAUAAACUAUAUGAAAGAAUAGCUCAACUAAAAGAUAAACUUAACAAAUACUCAGAAACCUUAGAAAAUUCCUCUUCCUCUUAUCUAAAAUACUCCAAAAUUUCUAAGAACUUCACAGAAACAUUAUCUGCCCAAGAACAAAAAUAUACUGACCUUAAGAAAAGGACAAGAGAAGUUAUUCGUCGACUAGAAAAUACUAAACUAAAGAGAGAAGAAGAUAUAGAAGCUUAUUCAAAGCUUAGAGUAGAACAUCUGAAGUUAAAAGAGUCUUUCGACGAGCUUUUGGACAAAGACAAAACAGAUACAGCUGAGUUUAAUAAGAUGAGGCUCUGCUUUGAGGGUUUUGUCAGAAAUAUUGGAGAGGAAAAUAACAGCUUAUGUGAAGGUUUUGAAUAUAUUAUUUCUGAGAAUAAAAGAAUAGCGAAUGAAUUUAGGAGUGAAACAGAAAGCAAAAUUGAAAGCUAUAAUCAAGAAAUAGACCAAAGAUGGAAAAAUAAUGUCAAUCUAAACCUACAAAAUGUCAAAUUUAUUUACUCUUUGAAGAAUACAAUUCAAGAAAUAAAUGAGAAGUCAAAAGAUGACAUUCAAAAUUCCUCAAAAGACUUACUAUAUCUUUCUGAAGAAGUAAAGGAAGAACUAAACACUCUUAAAGACAAAUAUCCUCUAAUAGAGCAAGGAUACGAACACUUUUUAUUACAAAACAAGAAUGAGUUAAAUAAAAUAAAAGAAGAGAUUACUACUCAGGAAGACCUAAUCCAUGAUGUAAAUAUAAAAAUUCAGAAUCAUAAUAAGGAUAUUAAGACAAUAGUGCAGCAAGAGAAAGAAAAAAUAGAGAUUGAUAUUGACAUUUUGAAGAAUAAGCUUAGUGCCUUGAAAUUUGUUAUCAACCAUGUAAAUGAAAAACUUAAUCAAAGUGAGUUAUUGGAAUGUGAAACAAGAGAGAUGAAUAUUGCUUAUGCAAAUACAAUUAUAUUAAGAGGGAGAACUACUGGAGACUUAAAUAUCUUCUCUAACAAUCAUUUUUGAUUUUCUCAAGGAUGAAAAAUAAAUUUUAUCAGAAAGAAUGAUCUUGGAAGUUUUACAUCAGAUGCAAUUUCAAUACCUUUAAAUGAAAAAUUAAACAUUUAUGCUCAAGAAAAGGUCUACCAAAAUAUUCGUUCUAAAUCUGGACUCGAGCUUGAAGCAGCCUGAACUAAUUAUCUAGCUACUCAAGGGAAGCUUCCUAUUGGGUCAUCAAUAGUGCUUCCUUGUAGUAAUUUAAAGUUUAAGAAAAUAAUUGGAACAAUAGUCCCUUCAGACAAAGGCCCAAUAAAGUUUUAUCUGAAGAAAUGUUUACUCUCCACGCUGGAUAAGAUUGUUGAGCAUGAUUUUGCCUCUACUGUGAUUCCUACUUUCCAUGUUGCUCAAAGUGGACUAAAGGUUGUUUGGAAAAUGUUCAUUUCUGUUCUCUUAAAGUACAUAAGUGUAAAGAAGAAACUAAUGAAAGGAAGAACCAUCACAAUAGGCAAGCUUCACACUUCAUCUUUAGCUAUAUCUGAAGCUGAACAAGAAAUCGUCAGUAAAAAUUUGACAGAUGGCUAUUUUGAUAAAAUUAGGGAAGAGCUUGAAGAAGAAAAACAAGUUUUAAAAGCUGAUUUUUCAUUGACUAAUCAAAAAGAGAUACAAUGUGAUGAAACUACCGAUGUUGCUUAUAAAUAUAAGAGUUCAAUUAAAGAAGCAAAUAAAAAAUAUUCACAACUCAAAGCAGAACUAGAGCAAAUUAAAAAUGACUCUAAUGAAAAGAUAUCAAUUCUCACUAUUGUAAAAGAAAGAUUAGAAGUCGAUUACUUCAAACUGCACUCACUAAACACCAAACUCGAGGCCAAAAUCGAGUCCCUAACCUCGACCCCCUCCAUUCCUCCCUAACCCCACCACCCUCUUCAAUCCAUAAUCUGCCUCCAAAAUUUCAAUCU